GUGGAUUGUGAAGGAGAGUUUGAUCGGAUCUCUACUCAGGAAAGGGCUGGACAAACACGUGGUCAUUCUCACAUUUUUAUCUCUCAGUGGGUUAAGAGUAUCGCAUUGCAUAUUUCCUGAGGGAGAAGGACAUCUUGUUUCUGAAGCUCAGGAGUUUAACAUUGUUUUAAAAUGCAGAAAGGGACGUUUCCUCUCACCACAUCUUUGCGGGUUACUUAUAUGCGACUUGUGGUACUCGGAUUUUUUUUCUUGUGCUUCUCACUACUCACAGGUGCAGAAGCUGAAUGUCCUCUUCAGCUCGACCCACAGAGAGCUGUUGUGAGAUACGGCGGUUCUGUUGCAGUUAAUUGUAGCACUUCAGACCUUCUGCAUAAAGGGAUGGGAUGGGAAAUCAGUUUGCGAGAAGUGCUCAAGAACUACACACGGAGUCUGAUCACAUGGAGAGUGUCAGAACUGAAAGAAUGGAACAUAAAUCCAAUAUUCUGCUACAUAAACCUAAACUAUACAAGAGGUGAUAGUAGUCAGUGUCAAAUAGAGCUCCCAGUCACUGUUUACAAGACUCCAGACAGUGUGUCCAUCAGCACUGUGAAUCACAGAGGACCAAUGAUAGAGGGACAGCAGUAUGAGCUCCAGUGUGACGUUCAUGAUGUGGCUCCUGUUCAGAAUCUCACUGUCAGAUGGUACAAAAAUCAGACUCUGCUGCAUCAAACCACCUUCACUGACACCAUCGAGACUCCAGUGAAUAAAAAUGUCACACUCCUGAUCCGUCCAGACAGAGCUGAUAUUGGAGCUCAAUACUGGUGUGAAGCAGAGCUGGAUCUGGGAGCAGAAGGACCUCAACCUCCUCCUAAAAAUUCAUCAACACCUCUCAGCAUUACUGUACAUUAUAAACCGAUCAUCAAUGAGACCAAACUGCCCUCAGUAGUGCGUGUGUUUCGAGGCUAUCCAGAUGUGCUUGUUUGUGAAGCCGAUGGAAACCCAAAACCAACAAUCAGCUGGAGCCUCGGCACAAAUGGCACAGAACAUAACAUAUAUAGUGAAAAACUUAAUAUAACAGAGUCAACACCUGAGAAUGUGUACUGCAUUGCAAACAAUUCUGUUGGCAAUACCACCAGACAUGUAAAAGUGUCCAUACAAGAGGAUUACCUGCCCUUGAUAGCAGGACUUAUUGCAGUCAUUGUGGUGUUCAUCAUAUUCAUCUUCAGCUUCAUCUACACAGUCUACUACAAAAAAGCCAAGAUGGGCCAUUAUAGCCUGAAGAAUGCCAAGCCUAGUGCACAAAAUGGAAACAUAACACAGAAUGGCAAACAAAACCCUAUUCCUAUGAAGAAACUCCCUCAGAGCAGUUUUCUUGCUUAGAUAAUGAAAUCCUUGGGUUUUGAGCAUCUAGACCCAGUGUCCACAAAAUGAUUUGUCACACUGGAAGCCUCUAGCCAUCUACUUUGUGGAGUUUUUGUUUCUUUAUGGAUUAAUUAUUUUUUAUUUUAUGGAGCACCUAUUCAUUCACUCCUCGCCACUCACAAAAUAACCUUUUUAGUUUUCAGCAAUCUAAUGGACCAGAAGAAAAUAUGUGACAAACAGAUGACAAAGAAAUGCUAAAUGAUUUUUGAAUGAAUGGACAUGAUGUCUGCAGUGGAUGUUUUCAGAAAUCUACCAUCUUGAUAUAAGUGAAUGUUCAUUAACUACAAAGUGGCAUUGUUUUAUUGAGUUAUACUAGCUUUGUUUGUCAUUGAAGGGAAGGCUCUUGUUAAAUUGUGUAACAAGACUGUUCCUCUGUCUAUGGCACAUUGGCCAGUUUAAAUAUUUGUGUUUUGUCAAAAGUUGUACAUUAUGUAGAAAUGAGAAAUGAUGCUGUAUUAACAAAGUUUAAGAGGAGCACGUUGAGAUAAUCAACCAGUCAAGCAUGGUAGUAAAUAUAUAAAGCCAACUUGUGUUUCAUGACAGAUUUCAGGCCCCUGUCCUCCGCCCCAACACCUCACUCCCAUCUAUUCCUAAUCCCAGUUUGGGAUAUGGGGAAGUUCUCUGGGAGCUCGGCUCCCUCCCUUCAGACAUCAGGUUUCUAAUGCUGAACCUGUGCGGAAAUAUUUGGAUGAAUUUCUGAAAAUUCUCUCAGGCCUCAUAGUUAUUAUGCUCAACCUAUGCUCAACAUUAAAUAGGAGAGCCAGUUUUAUGGUUCAAGCUGUAUAAUGAUGUUAAAAGCAUAGUUUAACCAAAAACGACAGUUCUGUCAUCAUUUACUCACCCUCAUGUUCUUCUAAAGGCUUUUUAUGAAUCAUAAAGGUAGCACAUAUAACUAUAUGUUCUGAAGCAGUAUGGAUGUUUGUCUGUUUUUGGUUUGAUAUGUGUGUAAAGAUGAUUUUAAAACACUUAAAGUCACACAAGUUUGGAAUGGCAUGAGAAUGAAAAAAUGGUGACAGGAUUCUUGAAUGAUUGAUCUAAUUAAACAUAUUUAAGGGCUUUGUAUAGGUCGUUACACAUUCAUAUCUGCAACGUUUUCAAUGGAAAGAUAGUUUUAUAGGGUCAUAAAAAUAACCUGAGAAUAACCAUAAGGGAAUGUUCUGUAUAAAUUAUUUUAGGUUAUUUAAAACUAACCACCCUGCAACGUUCUGGGAAUGUUAUUCCCCCAAAAAUAACCAAAUGCGAACCAAAAACCAGCGUUAGGGGAACGAUCUGUGUUUUCUGGGAAUGACCCUGAAUUACUAGCAACUGCAAAGCAACACCAUACCAAUCACAAAGACUAUCAUAGCAACCUCAAAGACUACCCAAGCAACUGCAUCGCAACACCCUAGAAACCACCCUGGAACAUUAUCAGUCUAUCUGUCUCUCCUGUUUUUUAUUUAGAUUUCAGACUUAUACAUAUUUAAUUAUUAUAAAAAAUAAAAAUAAAAAAUAAAUAACACUAGCUUUUCUAAUCUUUUUGCAUUAUAUCUAUUUAGCCCUAUUCAGACGGGACUAGUUUUCUAAACUGUAUAUCUGGACAGCACAAAGAUCACGUGCUCUGUGUGUGUGCAUUGUGUAUAGAUAUUCGGAUUGUUUAUUAUUAGUAUUAUCACACAAAUACUACAGUGAAGCGAAAUGACUAGUACAGCAAAACCAUGUUAAUGUCUGUUUUUUUAUUCGUAGUAAACCCAUGUUUAAUUUUUAUAAAGGUACAUCUGUAAUUAAAAUAUUAUGUAAUAGAGUGCAGAAAUGAACAGAAAUGUAAGUAAUCUUACCUGAAGUCGAACAGUUUACGUGAUCUGACUCUUGAUUUUAUUAUUAUUAUUACAUAUAUUUUUUUAAUUAUUUUUAUACGUUGCCGGGAAGCAAACAUAUCAAACAUGCAUGCGGUAAGAGCAUACAGUAAUUCACGUUGGCCAAAACACAAAAAAGAAACUUGUUGUAAAAAAAAAAAAUUGCCGCAAUCAAAGACAUUCGCAUUAGGAUGGGAUUCAUUUUCUCAGAGGAUCACUGAGUUUACUGAAUGUAAAUAUAUACUGUUGUUUAUUCAAACUUCAAACUCAUUCAGCUUAACACCUUGAAAUAACAUGUUUUAAAACCACUUCAUACAGGUCAAACUUUCUCAAGCCAACAUCAAAGUUUGUUCACUAACUGUACUUGUCUAGUUACUGUUGUCAUAUGAAUGGCCUUCUUUACAGCUGUAUGUUUCACUCUUGCUCAUUCUGACACUGAAACUGUUAAAAAGUUACCAAGAUAUUAAAAAGAGCGUAAUUGUGUGGUUUUAAAAUGGUGGCAAACUUGUGGACCAUUCCUGUCGCCAAUAAAACAACUCUGUUUUCAUUGCA